AUGGGUACAAUGUCUAUUCGCAGGAGUCUAUCACCUUUACAUGCAAAAUGUGAAGCUUUGAUAUGGGCGAUGGAGUGCAUGAAGACCCUACAUAUCUCAGAAGUGGUGUUUGCAACCGACUGCUCACAAUUAGUGAAGAUGGUGUCUACACCAACAGAAUGGCCGGCAUUCACUACUCACAUGGAAGAGUUUCUACGAUGUAAGGAUUACUUCCCCAACUUCUUCAUUCAACAUAUUCCAAGGGCACAAAACACAAUGGCGGACAAACUAGCACGAGGUGCUAGAGACAUACCUUCUGCUAUGGUUUAUGUUGAUUCAGUUCCACCGAGAUGGCUCUCGCGGCCGGAACCGGUUUAG